AUGCCGGUGAAAGAAACUGGCUUUGUGCAGAUGAGAGAGCUCAACCAUUCCGAGGCGUCGUUACCGAAACCAAAGCGACAGCGAAUGAUACCCCCAGCCUGGCCAUCCGAACCGAAACCAUUAGCCAACAACCCGUUCAACGAAAUCACCCUGGACAUGUACGAUGUCUGCCUGUGUCUCAUCCCCGUCGCCCUCAUGGUCAAGAUUGGCCUAUGCCUUUACGCCGAGAAGCAGGAUAGCUACAACACUGCCUACUUUAUAGACGAAGUUAGCAUGUUGACCACUUAUCUCAUUCGUUUCAACAACCAGCUCGCAACCGCCUUCACAAUCGUCUUCGUCUUAAUAUUUACAACUUUCCUGAAACGAUUCGCGUUAUGGAGGGCGCAGGACGGAGAGUACGUAGUGAGACUUGAGCAGUACCAGGCGAGCAUGUCCUUGAUCAGCACUUUGCGCUCUAUUCUGGUUUUACGCGCGUUCGACUCCAUCAGCGUUGGCCUGGUCAUCUUGUGGUCUUUCUACUACCUUGGAAGCCAGGCUAGCAAGGAUGAGUAUACGUACCAAGCGUGUGGCCCUUAUUCGAACUUCACCAUUGCAUACCGCAAUUCUUCAGCUCCAUCAGCAUUCCAGAACGUGAGCUACACAGAAUAUCCCUCAUCUUUUUUUGAUACUAUGACCCUACAAUACGGCGUCUAUGUUACCUCUCUGUAUGAGUCUCUGUCUCAAUUUCAAUCUCCAACUUCAUCCGACUAUACUGGCGGGGCUCUUGUGCCUUUUGGCUCAUAUUCAGCACGGGACGACCCUAUCAAGAGCUGGCAGGACGUUUCCAAGCCUUCGGCAAACGAAUACACUUCCUUUGCCGGCUACUAUUCGUUGAACCUGGACAGUUAUGAGUCUUCCACAUUCGUUGGCGACUACAAUUUUGAGACGUCCUUUUUACAGGCCAAUUGCUCCAGUUUGACCCUACUGCCUGCAGCGCAAUUUCCUAAUGGCACGACCAAGUCAACUUUGCUCGCCAUGAACAUGAGCGAUUCUUCGGUAAUCCGUGAAACGAACAAUUACACUAGUCGUCGAAAUUUCACCAUUUCUGCGCACCACAAUUCAUCCGUGGUCGUGCAAUGCUCUUGCGCCAUUGCCCGGAGAUAUGUUGAACUCAAGGUACACUGCGACUGUCUCAGUUGCAGCGCCCGCAAAAUCAGAGAUUCGCGCAGGCCGCACCCGUCCCAAAAUUCUACACCAUUUGAUGAUGAUAUCUUUGCAGCUCGGUUCUUUCAGUCCCUUCUCUCUGUCAAUCAAGUGACCACCAAACAAGCACUAGAUUGGCAGGCUGUCGAUGACUGUUUUUUAAGUGGCACCGGCGACUAUGGUGAAACCCUUACGAAGACAGAAAUCCUCGGCAAUUUCAGCCGUGCCAUUACUUUCCAAAUCAGCGUUGGUGCUACUCAAGUCCUAAAUACAUAUUAUUACGCUUCUCAACUUCAAGGAGACGACCCGACCUUCCCAGACAGUGAUCCAGAGGACAUCACAACCGACCCUCGCUUCACAAUAACACAUAUGAGAGGUGGCGAAUACAACCCCAGGUACGCCACGAACAAAGCUUGGAUUGCUGUUGACUUCCUCUCUCAAACUGUGCUGCUGGCAGCGGCAAUUGCAGCGUUCUGGCUGCGCAAGAACACCAUUGCGCCCGAUAUCUUUGGCUAUGUGAGCAGUUUGACGAGGGACAACCCGCAUAUAGACCUGCCGGACGGAGGCACGACGCUCGGCGGACUGGAGAGGGCAAGGCUCCUCAGGGACGUCAAGGUCAGGAUUGCCGACGUUUCUCGAGACGGCGAGGUGGGACAUGUCGGACUUGUAACGGAAGCAAGGGAAGCGGAUAUGCUCAGCAAAGGAAAGGUAUACGCUUGA